AUGUCCAGUACGACUGAUUCUGGAGGAAUCUCGAUAGAAUUUACUAGCGAGGAUGAUGAAGACAAUAAUGAAAACCGUCGAGACGUUUCUAGAGCUACCAGAAUUUCAAAAACAGCUGGCGAUAAGCCUCGGUCCCUUUAUUUAGUCCCAAAACCAACUGUAUCCCUUCAAACAAGCUUACUGAUCGAGUCGCUAAUUAAACAUAUAUGUAGCAUAUAUGAGAGCAACAGCCAAAAAGCAGAAAAAACAUAUAAACUUCUGUGUGAUAAAUUGUGCAGUAUGAAUCUAAUAGGAGAAAGUUACAGUAUGAAUGAAUUUGAAGGUAUUAGAAGUCAGUACCAAACAGCACUAUUCCAAUUUGUGAGAUCAGUAAAUGGUGGCAAUAAACCUUUGCCACUUAGUCCCAUUUGGCCUAAAGUAGAUAGUAGUUCUCAUUACUGUACUGAGUUUGAAGAGGUGGAUUAUAUUGCUGGUGGAGGAUUUGGAAAGGUGUUUAAAGUAAAACACAAAUUAGAUGGAACAGAAUAUGCUAUCAAAAAAAUUCCAAUACAGUCUGAAGGUAUUGAGUCAGUAAGAAAUUACCUUUCAGAAGUUAAAACAUUCGCUAGCAUGAAUCAUUCCAAUAUAGUACAAUACAAAGGUGCUUGGCUGGAAAUUGGGGCACCAAAAAGUACCAAAGUCAUUACCCACAAAACUAGUGAGUCUACACACCAAACAGACUACUUUUAUCACCAAGAAACUACUCAAUCGUUUAGUGAAAAAAGUGAAGAAGAUAGCACUGAUUUUCGAAUAAGUUUUGAACAUAGUGUUAGUGGAGCUACUUCUAAGAAAGAUCGCUCGUCCAAAACUGCUGGUAGAAAGAAGAGAAAAAGCCUAUCGGAAGGAGACGAUAUGGUAGUGUGUAAAUUGGACCUGAAGGAAAUAGAGAAGAUUAGAUCGCUCAAUAGAACGAAGGUAAAAUGGGCAACACUUUACAUCCAAAUGGCUUUGUGUCAGAUGACCCUAAAACAAUGGUUAGAACAGAGGAACUCGAUUUCUAAUCCUGACAAGGCGUUAGUUCCUAAAAAUGAACUGAAAAUUAGGAAUAACUAUAUUAAUCAAAUUCUUUUUCAAUUAUUAAAUGGUCUAGAAUAUAUUCACUCGAAAGACGUAGUCCACCAUGACAUUAAACCGAGCAAUAUUUUCAUUCAAAUGGAAAAUGGUCAGUUAUUGAUACAGCUAGGAGACUUUGGACUGGCUUGUCCACUUCAAAGCGUGAGGCAUAGUUUGGCGUUCGGGACGAAGCUGUACGCAGCUCCGGAACAGUUAGAAGGACAAUGUGAUAAAAUGAGCGAUAUGUAUUCCCUAGGAAUAGUUCUCUUCGAAUUAAUAGAAAAUUUUCGCACUGAUAUGGAACGAGUAAAAUCAAUUACAGAGCUGCGAAAUGGUCACACACCAACUCAUCUCUCGACGACACAUCCCCAAAUCGCCGAUAUGAUCAAAAAACUAAUCGUCAAUAGCCCCGACCUUAGACCAAACACGACAGCCCUUUUACAAACACUAAAACCCCAAAGCGAGGAAGUGGAACAGCUGAAGGUUGAAGUGGUGGAUCUACGUGAAGACAAUGCGGUGCUACGUCAAGAAAACGGGGUUCUACGGGAAGAAAUUACUGACCUGCGUGUAGAAAAUGCACACCUCAAAGAGUUGCUCAAAAUGCAUGGCAUUCAUAGUGUGUGA